GCCAAUACUAUGAGCAUCCCUGCACUUCUUGGCGUUUUUGCUAUUGCAACCGUUGGUAUUAUCGGGUUUAGUUCUUUUGUUCUAAAGACGAUAAAACCGAGUAUAUCGCGAGCAGAUAAGAUUCUGGUGGGAUGGUUCAUCUUUAGUGGAUGUAUACACUUCAUUCUAGAAGGGUACUUUGUGUAUAACCACAAGACAAUGCCACGUAGGCUAGAUCUUCUUGGUCAAAUGUGGAAGGAGUAUGCCAAGGCUGAUUCUCGAUACAUGACUAUGGAGCCAUUCGUACUUUGUAUGGAGUCGAUUACAGCCUUUGCAUGGGGACCUCUAUGCUAUUCCAUCGCAUGGAUGAUCGUUACGGAGUCUCCGCACCGCCAUCCAACACAGAUCAUUGUCUCUAUGGGCCAAUUCUAUGGCGACGUCUUGUAUUAUGGGACAAGCAUUUUAGAGGAAUCCUACCAUGGAGUGUCUUAUUCUCGUCCAGAGACUUUCUACUAUUGGGGAUACUUCAUCUUCCUCAACUCCUUUUGGAUUCUUAUUCCAGGCUUCUGUAUGUACCAAAGCUACUCGGCCAUGGUGGGAGUGUCCCGACAAUCCAUCGUUCCCUCCAAAAAGAACCUAUAA